AUGCACCGAAUCAGUGGCGGAACCAGGACCAUAGCUAAAACUGCACCUGCAUAUGCCACCUGGAUGCCUUGUGAAGCAGCUAUAGCCCCAUGUGCUGCAAGCGGUGCAACAACAUUUUGUGAUGGUGCAGAUGCAGCAAUUACUCCAUUCGGUGGUCUAGCACUAGCUAGAGCUGUCAAAAUGGGCCUUUUGGCUCAAGGGCUUAGGCAGAGUGAGAAGUAUGAUGUUUACAGUUUUAGAGUCAUUCUUUUGGAGCUGGUUACUGGGAGGAAGCCUGUGGAAAGUCCAACCACAAAUGAGGUGGUGGUUUUGUGUGAAUAUGUAAGAGGCUUGUUGGAGACUAGCUCAGCUUCAAAUUGCUUUGAUAGAAAUUUACUUGGCUUUGCUGAGAAUGAAUUGAUUCAGGUUAUGAGAUUGGGGCUAAUUUGA